CUCUUGCAAGCAUUCAGUUGCGUAGUUCUGGACUACUGUAUCACACGAGACCGUGACGGACUAUAAGCUAUAAUUUACAGAAACCACAACAAUGGUUCGUAUCGUCGAAGACAAGGACGCAUUCCAUCGGGCCUUGCGUGAGGCAGGUGGCAAGCUGGUAGUGGUCGAUUUCACAGCCACUUGGUGCGGCCCUUGCCAAAGCAUCGCACCCUUUUUCCAAUCCUUGUCUCAAAAGUACACAGAUGUGGUGUUCCUCAAGGUGGAUGUGGAUGACACACCGGACGUAGCACAGGAGUGUGAGAUCAAAUGCAUGCCAACAUUCCACUUCUAUAAGAAUGGCAAAAAGGUUGAUGAAUUUUCUGGUUCCAACCGGGAAAAGCUGGAAGAGAAGGUCAACACACUUAAAUGAAUUUGAGACAGCGACCGCUACACUGUAAAAAAAGAUUUUUUGUCUGCCUUAUACAGCUGUUUAACCACCCCCCCAGCCUUAUAAUAUUAUAAUACACAUGUAAAAUAAACAAACAUUUUGUUUACAUAAACAGUUGAAACAUUCCCAUGUUUUCCCCUAUCUGUCAGCCAUGUUGCAAUGAGAUAAUUAUUAUUGUUUGUGGUUUCAAAAUGGGACUGGUUGGAAGCCGGUUUUAUAUCUUUUGGGCAGCUGAUUGGGAUGCAUCUUAUGCAUCAUAUGUUGCGUUUUUAAUUAAUUAAUUCAAUAAAAUAAUGAAGGAACUAAACAUAA